CCCCCUUUCUCUCUCUCUCUCUUCUUAUUCUUCUUCUUUUUUUUCUUUUCUUUUCUUUUGGUCAAUGGUUUCCCCCAUCUUGUACAAGGUAACCCUCCAAACCUGAUUAUGACUAUGUACUUCAUUCAAGCUAGCUUCUUCAUCUUCCUACAUCUUCCUUGUUCCUCUCCACCUUGCUCUUUCAUUCUUCUUCUUGUAGAACCUUUUGUUUUCUUUUUUUUCAGAUGAGAGAUGAUAGAAUGGCCACCUCCUUGAUUAAUGGUCUCAGUCAUCAACCUUUAGUGACCAAUUUCUCAAUUAAUUCCAACUUCCUCAACUUCUUGGUUUUGACCCUGCUUCUAGUUUUGCAAUUCAUUCCUCCUCUCUCUGUUUCAGCUUCUUGCAACACAUCUGAUCGCGAUUCUCUCUGGUAUUUCGUCAAUUCUUCAUCUGCUUCCCCGGUGGCUUUCAAUUGGUCUUCUUCGAUUGAUUGUUGUUUCUGGGAAGGAGUCUUUUGUGAAGCAAUCGCAAAUAGCGACGACAACCGAGUUACUCAGCUUUCGUUGCCUUCUAGAGGUCUUCGUGGUGAAUUCCCUUCAUCUCUCACAAACCUUACUUUUCUCACUCACCUUGAUCUCUCUCACAAUCGUUUUAAUGGCUCUCUCCCUUCUGAUUUCUUUACGUCCCUAAGUUAUCUCAAGGACCUUAAUUUGAGCUACAACCUUCUCACCGGCCAGUUGCCGCCACCGCCGCCUUCAUCGUCCGGACUCGUGAUUGAAACUCUGGAUUUUUCAAGCAAUCGAUUCAGAGGGGAAAUACCUGCUUCGUUUAUCCAGCAAGUGGCAGUUUCGGGGAGAUUGACCAGUUUCAAUGUCCGCAACAAUAGUUUUUCAGGUCUCAUUCCAACCUCCUUUUGUGUUAAUACUACAUCCAUAAGCUCCGUCAGGUUAUUAGACUUUUCCAAUAAUGAAUUCGACGGUGGAAUAUCCCAAGGGCUAGGGAACUGCUCCAAUUUGGAGGUUUUUCGAGCGAGUUUCAAUGGUCUCACCGGUUCAAUUCCCUCCGACCUUUACAAUGUUCUCACUCUAAAGGAGCUUUCUUUACAUGUUAAUCAUCUUUCGGGGAACAUCGGCGGGGGAAUUGUUAAUCUCACCAACCUCAGAAUCCUGGAAUUGUACUCCAAUUCUCUGAUUGGCCCCAUCCCAGCGGAUAUUGGAAAGCUAUCUAAGCUGGAACAGAUAUCGCUUCAUAUUAACAAUCUCACAGGCACUCUGCCCACAUCACUGAUGAAUUGCACUAAUCUUACUUUGUUGAAUUUGCGGGUUAAUAAGCUGCAAGGAGAUCUCUAUAAUGUUAAUUUCUCUCGCCUUGUUGGCCUCACCACACUUGACCUGGGCAACAAUAUGUUCACAGGUAGUAUACCAUCGACUCUUUACUCCUGCAAAUCUCUAAAGGCAGUUAGACUGGCUAGUAAUCAGUUUUCUGGAGAGAUCUCUCACGAAAUUGCAGCGCUUCAAUCACUGUCCUUCCUCUCAGUUUCCAAGAAUAAUCUAACCAAUUUAAGUGGAGCACUAAGGAAUUUGAUGGGUUGCAGAAACCUUGGAACUCUUGUCAUGUCCAGUAGUUAUAUUGGUGAAGCAUUGCCGGAUGAGGAUAUGAUUGUAGAUGCUACCACAUUCCAAAAUAUUCAGGCUUUGGCAAUUGGAGCUAGUCAGUUAACUGGUAAAGUACCCUUAUGGAUAAGAAAACUCAGGAGUCUGGAGGUCUUGGACCUGUCUUUUAAUCGCCUUGUAGGUUCAAUACCUGAAUGGUUAGGUGAUUUUCCGAGUCUGUUUUAUAUUGACUUGUCUAAUAACAGAAUUUCCGGAGAAUUCCCCGCCCAGCUUUGCAGACUGCAGGCUUUGAUGUCGCAGCAGAUUCUAGAUCCUGCCAAGCAGAGUUUUCUUGCAUUGCCCGUCUUUGUUGCGCCCAGUAAUGCUACCAAUCAGCAAUACAAUCAGCUCUCCAGCCUUCCGCCAGCUAUAUACCUGGGAAACAACACCAUAAGUGGCCCUAUUCCUUUGGAGAUCGGGCAAUUAAAGUUUAUACAUAUAUUAGACCUGAGCAACAACAGCUUCUCCGCCAGCAUACCAGAUACGAUUUCCAAUCUCAGCAACUUGGAGAGAUUAGACCUCUCUCAUAACCACCUCACUGGUGAAAUCCCCCAUUCCCUCAAAGGCCUCCAUUUCUUGUCUUGGUUUAGCGUGGCCUUUAAUGACCUUCAAGGACCAAUACCAUCGGGGGGUCAGUUUGAUACGUUUCCUAGCUCUAGCUAUGAAGGAAAUUCAGGGUUGUGUGGUCCUCCUUUUGUGCAGCGCUCUUGCUCUAACCAGACUAGAGUACCCCAUUCCACCGCUCAAAAUAAAAGCUCCAGUAAGAAACUUGCCAUAGGAUUGGUCGUGGGUACCUGUUUAAGUAUUUCUCUCAUCACCACCCUGCUAGCGUUAUGGAUAUUAUCCAAGAGGAGGAUUGAUCCAAGAGGGGAUACCGACAUCAUGGAUUUGGACAUAGUUUCAAUUAGUUCUAAUUACAAUGCUGACAACAACACUAGCAUAGUCAUUUUGUUUCCAAAUAAUGCCAACAACAUCAAGGAGCUUACCAUUUCUGACAUAUUGAAGGCCACUGAUGAUUUCAAUCAAGAAAACAUAAUUGGCUGUGGUGGUUUUGGAUUGGUUUACAAAGCAACACUAGCAAAUGGGACAAGACUUGCUGUGAAGAAACUAUCGGGAGACUUGGGACUGAUGGAAAGGGAAUUUAAAGCAGAAGUAGAGGCUCUGUCUGCGGCCAAACACAAGAACCUGGUUACUCUUCAAGGUUACUGUGUGCAUGAGGGCAGUCGGCUGCUAAUGUAUUCAUACAUGGAAAACGGAAGUUUAGAUUACUGGUUGCAUGAGAAGGUUGACGGUGCAUCUCAACUUGAUUGGCCAACUCGGUUGAAGAUUGUACGAGGAGCAAGUGCUGGAUUGGCCUACAUGCACCAAAUAUGUGAGCCACAUAUUGUACACCGUGAUAUUAAGUCCAGUAACAUCCUGCUCGAUGAGAAAUUUGAAGCUCAUGUAGCAGAUUUUGGACUUUCUAGAUUGAUCAAUCCUUACCAGACUCAUGUUACAACCGAACUUGUUGGCACCUUAGGCUACAUUCCUCCAGAGUAUGGACAAGCAUGGGUCGCCACUUUGAGAGGAGAUAUGUAUAGCUUUGGUGUGGUCGUGCUCGAGUUGCUUACCGGCAAAAGACCUGUAGAGAUAUCAAAGCCAAAGGCAUCACGAGAGUUGGUUGGCUGGGUGCAACAAUUGAGGAAUGAGGGCAAACAAGAUGAAGUCUUUGACCCCAUUUUGAGAGGGAAGGGCUUUGAAGAAGAGAUGAUCCAGGUUCUCGAUGUUGCCUGCAUGUGUGUCAGUCAGAACCCCUUUAAAAGACCUACCAUCAAGGAAGUUGUUGAUUGGUUGAAAGAUGUGGGGGCGACCAAAGUUCCCCAAAAUAAGGAUGUGUGAAAUUGCACUUCUAUAAAUGAGAACAGUAUCAUACUUGCACACAAGAAAAAAAAAAAAAAAAAAAGGUUUUGGUUUCUUUUCCAAUGCGACCUUUUAACUACAGUUUUACUCCGGUGUAAAUGGUAAAGGUGGUGUUGUAUUUAUUAAGAUUAUUUCUCUUGUUCAUAA